AUGGCUUUUCUUUCCUUCCCACUCGAAGUACUACAAAAUAUCGCAGUCUUCCUCGAAAUAGCGCAUCGGCCUAGUCUCGACGCUUUUACCUUGACAAACAAGGCCUGCCAUGCGGCCGCAAUCUUUCUCGUCUUUCGGCAAAUUGUAAUCACAGUUGACGAUCGCAAAGAACUGCGUCGCGAUGUUGAUGGACUUAUUGAGACUCUCUCUCGCACAGAUUCAUUUCGUCACAUCCGACGCAUCACUAUCAAAGGGGCUCUAAGGCCCAGCACCAAGAAGACAGAAGGAUUUGGUCCACAAACGUGUUGGUUGGCUCAAACUGGCCUUGACGAGGUACUAGUGGAUGAGGAAGCAGUCCAGUAUGGCGGCUUAUAUACGGUGUAUGAUGGGGGCGUUAUUGAAAAGUUUUCUGAGGAGGAUAUGGCAUGGGCUCCCGUUGUGAACUUGCUCCAAGCUAAAAUUCACCUGGAAGAUCUGGUCUAUGACUGCCAGAGUCAAUUUCCGCCAAGUCUUCUCAGAACACUUCACGAGCAGCAUCCUCAAUGCAGGCUUCAUCACCUCACGUUCCGAUUCCGGACUCUAUUGUGGGGCAUCCCCUAUUCUUACGAGAUGGAGCUUGCUACAUCACCAUCUUUGUAUAGAGUAAAGAUUACUUGCGCUUUACGCGAUAGUGAAUACGACGAUGAUUUCAACUUGGAGGCUAUGAUGGAGCUUACAUCUGGGCUUGCUCCCAACUUGAAGGAGGUAGUUGUUUUAAAUCUCCUUCCAGGACGCUCUUUAAAACCAGUCCGUCCCCGAGGGUCGUGGCAAGGCCUUCCAGGCUUUACUGGCGAGAAAGUAGGAUCCCUGACAUCACUGUCACUCAAGGGAUAUUCACGUUUGGAUUCCCCAAAAAUGCUACAGAAUUGGGCCAGAUAUACAGACUUUGCUUUUCUGCGACACCUUACCCUCGGAGGUUGCUACGACGCAAAGAUGUCUGGGCUCAGUGGCGAGACAAUGGAAUGGGUUGCCCAGAACCAUUUCUUUCCCCGAGUCAAAACACUCAAUGUUUAUCUUACCCGCAAAAAUUAUUUUCACGGUGACCCGAACUACAGUGAGCACGCAGUUUCCUUUUUCCGUGCUUUCGAAUCUCUUGAGGAACUAUCCAUCGAUGGGUCGAUGGACUCACCAAUCCUGGACACUGUUCUCUCCCAUCAUGGACAGACACUUAAAAAACUCAGCUUUAAUCCUUUUGAGAAUUUUUUUCGAAACGCUGCUGGUCACAAUCCACUGGAUCUGCCCUUAGAGUUCACCCAUAACCGUAUUUUGCAAAUCGAAGCUCAGUGUCCGAUACUAGAAGAGCUUGCUGUUCCAGUCAAGCGCAACAAGUCCAGUGUAUCCGAAGCUAAGAUGUACAGAUGCUUCGGCAGGAUGAAACGCUUACGAUCCCUCUUUCUUAUCCUGGAUUGUUCGAAUUGGCGGGUUACUCGGGACAGUACAUACAAUCCCGAAUUCGAUGAAGAAGACCAAAAGCCUAUAGACAAUAAGCCACACACCUUUUUGAAGAGGGGUGAACUGAAGGAGACAUUUAUCAAUUGCGCAGUAGACGAGGCGCUAGCUCGUUCAAUCUGGGAGACCAUUAACCAGAACAAAUCCGGUAGACGGCUGGAGCGGCUUAAAUUGUGGCCUACGGGAGCGGGCGAAUACGGCGUCAGCGACCGUAUGGGGAGCACCUUUAACGCGAUGGCUGAUAGUCUGAUUCGAUCAUGGCUAUUUGAGCGCGUUCCGCGAGAUGAUGAUGAAGAAAGCUUCACUGUUCGGGAACUGGGGCGACAUGGGAGGAAGGAAUUGGAUCAAAUGAAUCAAAGCUAUUUGUCCUACUUUCAUGAUCCUGAGAUUUGGGAGGUACUCCGUUCUAUUUGGCCAGCCAAAGAAGGUAGCAGGGAUUGGCUAGAUGACUGUUCGAGCUUCCCUCUGCAGGUAGAGAAUUUUUCUCACUAG